CUCUCUGGCCAGCGUGGCUGGCCGCGCGACGCUGGCGCGCGCGCAUCGAUUGAGGCACUGCACGCGAGCAGUAGCAUUGGUCAACGAACGAAGCUUGCGGGCUGCCCCGGGCGCGACAUCAGUAAUGGGGCCACCAAACAGCCAGCCAUCAGCGGAGCAGCCCAAGCGGCCGGCCGCUGCGCUGGGCGCACAGAUCGCCGUCGAGACGCUGCCGACGCCCGCUGCACCACUCGAGACGCUGCCGACGCCCGCUUCACCGCCGCGCGUCCCGAAGAACGCUACAGCGACGCGACCGAACGCAACGGUGACGACGCGCCCCGCGAGCGGUGACAUCCAGGGCUCGAUGGAGAGCGCCGGCGCCCAGCAGGCGCAGCGGUCCGCGGCCAGCGCGGGCCUCGCGUCCGCAUUACCUUGGGGUCUUGCCUCCACGGGCGCCGUCGCCGCGGGCUGCAAGUUCUCGCCGGCGUUCGCGAAGGCGACGUCGCCGUCGGCGCGCGUCGCGCUCGCGAUCAGCCCGCCGCUCUUCGCGUUCUUUUUAGCUGGUGAUCUGCGGGUACAUCAUGACGCCAAGAGCCGCGGCGACGUUGCGACGGCGCGGUCCGGCGCGACGUGGCCGCUGCGCCUGGCGAACGCCUUCUACAAUCACACUUUGAUAGCGUUCGGCAUGGUCAUCACGCCCAUGUACGGCGCGAUCCUGCACAGUGAGCUCUCGAAACCCAGGUACGAGGGCUGGCGCCUCUCGCACGCGGUCAUCCACACGCGUGUUUAUGGUCAAGCAGCCGCUGUGGGUAGUUUGGUGCUGGUCUUCGGCUUCAAGGAUAUCUUAAGGCAGAGCGGCGCGCCGUUCAAGGUUGAAUAACGAUGUUUUUAUGUGCAACGGGGAAGGGCUC